GGCGGGGCCACCCGGCAAAAGCUGUACGAUGACUUGAACUCUUCACAACAAACUUUCUUUGAAAAUUGUGUUUUACAUCGCUGCAGAAUGCACCACGGAUGUCCCAGUGUGUCUCAAAAUGAGGUACUAGAGGGCUGGGUCCAAAUGUAAUGGCCACACUUAGGACGAGGUGGCUUCUGUCCAUCUUGCUGGUCAACCUGCCCACCUGUUCUGCUUCAGGCCCUCCUGCUGCUCUCUCCCCUCCUGACUGCAAUAUCCCCUGUGAUGAGAAAGACAAUUGUGCGGAUAUCCACUGUAGUUGGGAUCCAUGGCUGGACCCUCAGAUCCCCACAAACUACAGCUUGCACUGGGAGCCAGCAAAUAACGAAGAGGGGCAUGUGAUCAGUGGCACCGAUUUGAGUGGGAUUAUCCUUCGUGAACACUUCAGUCAUGGAGAUCUGCAUGUUUGGGUCCAGGCUAAGAACCAGAACGGUUCUGCCAAAUCUGAGAAGGCUAUGUUCAAUACAGAAGAUAUCAAGAAGCCACCCACUCCCAGUGUCACAUCGAGCUAUCUGGAGUCCUUAGAUAUUGAAUGGACUUUCUCCUGUGAUGAGUUGCAGCUCUCUUUUGAACACUGUGAUGUCCGACAUCGGGCUGAGGAAGACCAAGUCUGGGUUGAGAACAAGACUGGAGUUCACUAUACAUUUGACAAUCACCAGCCCUACACAGUCUAUGAAUUUCAAGUUCGAUGUGCCUGUGACAAAAGCUUGUCAAGUGACUGGAGUGCAAUCCACAGAGUACGAACUCCUGAGAUGGCCCCUGUUGGAGAGCUAGAUCUAUGGAGGGACUGUGGGACGUCCCAGGCAACCUCUGACUGUUUUCUGACCUGGAAGAGGCUUCCUACAUCUCAGGCUCGUGGUCUCAUUCGGGGGUAUGAAGUCAGACUGACUUACAAUAAUGGCACUGUGGUGUUGGUGAAUAUGUCCACAGCGGGGUCAGAGGGCUGGUUGGUGUGUGAUGAGAUGCAGUGCCACUUCAGUCUCUCUCUGAAGAAUGUAUCAUCAGCCAGUGUGUCUGCCUACAAUUCACUUGGUGCCACAGUGCCUUCUUACCUCAUUAUGCCAAUACCAGGUAAAGAGAAAAACGAGCCAGUUAUUCACCUCAAGAUGAACGAAGACAACCUCACCGUGUCCUGGGGUCUGCCCUCUCACCUCUCGGAUAACUUGAAAGAAUAUGUAGUGCAAUACAAUCAAGCAGGGUGUCCUCCUGGCCGACAAUUUGAUUGGAUCAAAGUGAACAAAAGCCAAACAACAGGGUUUUUUAAAGGUCAAUAUAAAAAAUACACACCCUACCAGGUGUCGCUGUUCACUGUAUCACACAGCAAUGAAGUCCAUCACCUCUCAUCAGUUAUUGGAUAUUCACUUGAAGGAACCCCCUCCACAGGGCCAUCAUUUAAGGUAUCGAUUGCUGAAACUCACGUGACCCUGUUUUGGGAGCCUGUUCCCCUCUGCAUGCAAAAUGGGGUGAUCCUGUCCUACAAAGUCAUAGUAGAUGGCGGAGAAAACGGGCAAAAAGUGUACAAUGUGAGUGCAUCCCCCCAGCAGGAAAAUAUGACUUUUAAGCUGCAGGACCUCAGUCCAGGACAGCAGUAUGAUGUUUGGAUAAGAGCUGUGACUGCAGCUGGGCCUGGAGCAAACACCACCGUGAAGGUCAAAACAAAGCACCCGGAAGAUUUUGCGAUCUUAAAACCGUUGCUGCUUGGAAUCAUUUUUGUGGUUUUUGUGUGUUUUAUUGUUGCUUUAUACAGAGUUCAUCAAGGAGAAUGCCCACUGUUGCCUACAUUUUUAUAUGAGAAAGUGCCAGAUGCCCGCAACAGUCACAUUUUCCGACACAUGAAGCACCAGAUUAACGACCCCUUGGCUUGGAUCUGUAUUCCCGUCUACGAGCCACAUCCCAUCAUCUCUGUGCUGGAGGUUGUGGAAAUCCAGCCCAGAGCUGAUGGAUUAACACAGCCAGUGGACGGAGAUCAGUGUUCACAGACGGACUGCCAAGAUGAUCAGGGGGAGGAAGCUGUCAUGGAGGAGUGUCAUAGGACAGACCGCAGAUAUGGAAGAGAGGAAUACAGCAGAAUGGUUGACUCGGACGAGGAGAGGGACAGGAAGGAGGAACACAGGGAAGAUAGCUGGAGCUCAGCAGAGGAUGAACAGUCAACGUCAGGUUAUGAGAAGCACUUCAUGCCCACUGCGUUGGAAGUACUGGAAGUUUGAUGUUUUUGUUCGUAAUGUGCAGAAAAUGUUCAAUGUGAAAGUUUUUUUAGACGAUGAGUCUCUCCCUGCUGGUAGGGCGGACUCAGAAUAUUGGAGGAAUCAAUCCACAUAAGCUGAUGACAAUUAUCUGGUCCUCUCUGCCCUGACUUCCACCUUUUGCAUUUUUUUAUUUUGGUAUUUCAAUUGUUUUGUUUAUUUGAGUAGUAUUUGUUUCACCUUGUUUGUUUUUGUAUUUUUCCAAUUUCAGUCACAACUCAUGUGUGGUCCCUCCAUUUCUGUCGUAUGUUGAGACUGUUUGCAAAAUGCAUAGACAAAGUGACAGUUUCCUGUGUGUGCAGUAAAUUGUAUUUUCUUUACAAUCCAGAUAUUGAUCCAGACAGGAGCCUCAAUAUGAAGUAAAUCGGGAAUUAUGUGUUACUGACAUUGAUAGCUACUUCUCAUAUUUAUGAUCAUAUGUUUGAGUAUCUCAGGAAACACACUUUGAAAUUGUGGCUAGAAUAUUAGAAGUAUAUAGUAUGUAUAUAAGAUGUUUAAAAGUAUUUCAAUCAGGUGUCAUCAGGUGAAUAAAUGCUUUAUCUUUGGACUGAA